CAUUAUUUUAUAGUAAAUUAUCUAGAUUUUUUUAAAAUACUAUCAAUCGGUUUGGGAGCAUUGACCUAAAGGCUAGCCGUUCUACGUCAUUAGUGAACCAACGGUAACAGCAGAAAAAAAAUGAAAAAUACUAAGUAUUAUAGCGUCUCAAAGUAUUUUGAUCAAACAAGUCGCGUUCUCGCAUGUUUGAUUGAACCAUAAAAAAGGCAAGAAUUUUAAAUAUAUUCGUUGAAAACAGUGAAGACAUGUACAUCACAAUAUUAUUAUUUUUUCCGUUGAUAUCAGUAUCAGUAUCAUUUGUGGAGUUGAAUGUUCAAAAAGCAUUGAUCAAUUUAGAAAACACCACCUAUAGUACAUACGUUAAUGACCAGAAUCAUGUAAUCCACAAAAAAAGUCAAGUGGAAUUUACGAAUAAUAAUAUUACGAACAAUAUACAUGCGCAAGAUAACAUAGACUUCAAUGAAUUUGAUGAAGCUACAAAUUUUGGACUACGUGCCAUGUACGAGUUGUUUGAAGUUGAAGAACGUAAAUUAUAUGAAUUAGGUUUGACAUUGGAACCAGAUCAUCCAGCUCAAUAUGUUGCUGCUUUUAACCACCAGUCAGAUGAAGCAAAAAAUUUAUCUAAAAUAGCUUAUGCUGCUUUAAAAGGAUCCAAGGAGCUUAGUAAUAAGUACAAACAUGUUUCAAAAGACAUAUUGUUAAAUAUUUUCAAAGAAGAUGUUAAUGUAUCCCAAACAAAUCGACGAGUAAGUCUUCGGGAACGUUGUCCUAGGUCUGACCAUAUUCAAUGUUCAACAACAAGUUUGAAAUAUCGUACAGCAGACGGCAGCUGUAAUAAUUUUAAACAUCCUUGGUGGGGUUCUGCUAUGUCAACAAUGCAAAGAUUCCUGGAUCCUUUUUAUGACGACGGUAUAGAAACUAUACGGAAAUCAAAACAUAAUAAUCCUCUACCAAGUCCUCGAGAUGUAUCUUCAACAAUUCAUCGAGAUAAAGAUAUACCUCUGGCGUCACUAACACACAUGCUAAUGCAAUGGGGACAAUUUAUUGAUCAUGAUAUGAUAGCUACUGCUCAAAGUAAAGGAUUUCAAGGAUCGUUUCCACAAUGUUGUCGUAAUUCUGGUACCGAAUUUCAACGUCCUGAAUUAAUGCAUCCAGAUUGCUUGCCUAUUCCAGUAAGUCCCGAUGAUGAAUUUUUUAAACAAUUUAGAGUACGUUGUCUCGAAUUUGUGCGAAGUGGUCCUGCUCCAAGGAAUGAUUGUGGUUUUGGUCCUAGAGAGCAGCUUUCUCAAGUAUCAAGCUUUUUAGAUGGUUCUAUGAUAUAUAGUAGCAAUAUUCAUCAUAGUGAUAGUCUCAGAUUAUUUCGUAACGGGCUCUUACAAUAUGGAAAGCUAGCAUCUCAAAAGCCAAUUCUCCCAAGAGGAGAAUUGAAUGAUCUUUGUCGAAGAGGUUCUUUAUCAACUAAUUGCUUCAAAGCUGGUGAUGCUAGGCUAAGUGAACAGCCAGCCCUGACAUCACUUCAUGUAAUUUUCUUGAGGUUACAUAAUAAAAUUGCAAUGGAAUUAACUGCACUAAAUCCUCAUUGGAAUGAUGAAAGACUUUUUCAAGAAAGCCGUAAAAUUGUUGGUGCAGUUAUUCAACAUAUCACUUAUCAUGAAUUUUUACCAAUUGUUCUGGGAUCAACGAUCAUGAAAAUUUUUGGACUAGAAUUAAAGCGAACAGGAUAUUAUGAUGGUUACGAUCCAACAAUUAAUCCAACGAUUGCAAAUUCAUUUGCAACAGCAGCUUAUCGUUUUGGGCAUUCAUUAGUUCAACGUGGAUUCUUUAGAUAUGAUAAUCAACAUAAAAUUAUUUUUCAGAAUGUCACAAUUCACCAAGAAUUUAACAAUAGAGUUGACUUGCAUAGUGCGGGAUCAGUUGAUCGGUUACUUUUAGGACUAGUAAAUCAACCAUCUCAAAGAAGAGAUGAAUUCAUAACUUCAGAACUUACGAAUCAUCUCUUUCAACUACCAAGUUUUCCAUUUGGUAUGGAUCUUGCGUCAAUAAACAUUCAGAGAGGAAGAGAUCAUGGUUUACCUCCUUAUGUAUACUGGCGAAAGCCAUGUGGUUUAUCUUCAAUUCUAACGUGGCAAGAUUUAGAACGAAGUACUUCUUUUGAAACCGCCAAAAAAUUUCGAAAAAUUUAUAGUGAUGUAGAAGAUAUUGACCUGUUUCCUGCAGGUCUUGCUGAAAAGCCUGUUCCAGGUGGUCUUGUUGGUCCUACUUUUGCUUGUAUUAUCGCUCAACAAUUUUCAAACCUACGGAAAGGAGAUAGAUUCUGGUACGAAAAUGGUGCUUUCCAAAAUAGCUUUUCUCCACUUCAACUCGAUCGAAUUCGACGAAUAACUUUGGCUCAAAUUUUGUGUCAAACACUGGAUAAUAUCGAUACAAUACAGCCUUUUGCUUUUUUAACUCCUGAUAUAUUUAAAAAUAAACGAAUAUCGUGUAACGAUAAACGACUAAAUGAAUUGAACUUUGAUCCAUGGAUCGAAAGUAUUUUUGAAAAAAAUGCAUCAACGUCAAGAACGACUAAUAAUGCAAAAUUGAAUGUAACUAAAUUAGAAGAUAGACAGAAAAUGUUUUCUAUAUCUAAUUAUACAUAUUUAUAUACACCUAUAAAAACUGAUGUUAAACAGAAAAAUCGAGUAGUUAUUAAAAAACCGAUAGGGCAACAACAGGAAAAUUUGACAAUAAAUGUACAAAAUCAUGCUGUUAAUUCACCAAUUUUUUUUAAAAGUCUACCAACGAAUCAGAACAAUUUUUCUUUCAUUCAUUUCUUACAAGAUGAAAGAAAUAUUAAUACAAAUGCAAAUUACCGUGAUGAACUAAAUAAUCAAUCCACGUCUAAUAAUUAAUUGUAAAUAUUACGGCGUGAUGUAAGCAAAUUAUUUUUUUGAAGUUAAAGAAAGUGAUUCAUCAGUAUGCUUAUAAGGAGCGAAAUAAGAUAACUAAUUACGAGAUAGGCCUAUUCAUUGAAGAAUCUUAAGUGUCUGUCUUUUAGAAGCAGUACGUAGUCGUUGAAAUUUCUUUGAUUGACAUUACUUGUACGAGUCAGAUGGCUUAUGUUUUUUUAUAACUAAGUUUUUCUCAUAACAUAAAAGGUAUUUAAAUCAUUAAUCGUUCAUUCACAUUUUAAACAUCGAAGGGUUUAUUUUUUGUAACUAAGUGUACAAUUCUGUAUUUAUCGUACAUAUAAGUAUUUAAAAUUCACUGAAACUUAGGAUAAAACUUUCUUACAUAACAUUCUUUGAAAUUUAUGCAGGAUUAUUAUAAUUCUACGAUAUGUUAGUAACAAAUUAUUAUCUAAUCAUAUAAAUAUUUUUA